UCGGACAAGGGACCUGCAACUCUGGGGAAUCCCGCUCUUGCAACCGCCAAAGCCAGAGAUAAUCAUCAGUCCAUGCAACUUGUCUGCUGCCCUCAUGAUAUGAUAGCUUUCAUUACAACCUCACACUAGACAGGAUACCAACAAGAAAGCUUCGUCACAAGAUGUCCUCUCCGAUCCGUAAAGUAGCAGUCAUUGGCGCAACUGGCCAAAUGGGCUCCGAAAUAGUCAAGGCCCUCCUUCGGUCCGGGAUGUCCGUGACGGCCAUCCAGCGGGCCGGGUCCGACAAGGUGGCUCACCAAGGAGCCACGUCCGUCAAGCUCAACACAGAUGACGUCAACGAUCUCACCUCCGCGUUCAAAGGGCACGAUGUCGUCAUCUCGGCGGCGCCGGACCCCAUCAUCCUCGCGGAGCAGAAGCCCUGGAUCGACGCCGCGCUCGCCGCCGGGGUGAGGCGCAUCAUCCCCUCCGAGUACAGCACCAACCUCGAGUCGCCCCUCGCCGAGGGCCUCCCCAUCGUCGCCGACAAGGUGCGGACGCGGCGCUACCUCGCCGAGCGGAUAGCCGAGGCCGGCGGCACGUCAAGCUGGACGAGCGUCAACAACGGCCCCUUCCUCGAGAUGGUCCUGUCCUUCGGCGGGCUGGGCCCGGACUUCCGGACCGGGACCGCCAGGCUCCACGACGGCGGCGACAACCCGAUCGGGGCGACGAGGCCGUCGGACGUCGCCGCCACGAUCGCCAAGAUCCUGCGCGACGAGAACGGGCUGUACCGAGAGUCGGCGAACAAGUCCGUGUAUAUCCACUCGGCGGUCGUCAGCGAGAGGCAUUUGACCAGGCUGGCUGAGAAGGUCACGGGCCGGACCUUUGCGGUUGAGAACCACGACGUGGAGGCGCUCUACCAGGACGCAAAGGCCAGGCUCGAGAGGGGCGAUUCGUCCGCCAUGAUGCAGUUCUACUACCAGAUGAUGUACGGCAAGGGCUACGGGGGCAGCGAGAGCUUCCGAGAGAUGAGCUGGAACGACAAAGUCGGGCUCGAGACCAUGAGCGAGAAGGAGCUGGAGCUCGUGAUUCGUGAGGUCGCCCAGAAGACGGGGAUGACGAAAUAACCCAAAGGGAAGAUAGAGAGAGAGAGAGGCGAUCGUAUUGUAUAGCAGUCUUUUCUAAAUCGAAACCACCACGCACGCACGCACGCACGCACGCCUUUCCACGUUCUUGAUAUCCAUGAAACCUUGCGCCAUCCACAGACCAGACCAGACCGAC